AUGUGGAAUCAGAAGCCAUGUUUCAGGUUCGAGAUCGAUAACUUCUCGGAGCAGGAAGCUAAGAUAACGUCUCAGACAUUCGUAAGUGGUGGAUGCGAGUGGUAUCUCACUCUUUACCCGAAGGGAGAGACUUUUAGGUAUCAGCACUUGUCUUUGUUCAUGUCCGUUGCAAAUUCUAAAUCAUUGGGAAGGGGUUGGAAUAGGAGUAUUGAUUAUUACUUUGUUCUGUUGACUCAAUCCGACAAAGAGCUCUACAGAUCAGCUGGUAAUGAAGCUAUAUAUCCUUACCGGCCAUGUCUAGAUCUUGUUUUUUCCCCGAGCUGGGGUUUCCGAAAGACCUUGCCUCAAAGCAAGUUUCAGGAAAAAGGGUUUCUCGAGAACGACAAGCUCAUCUUUGAAGUCUACAUUCAAAUUGUAGAAGCUUAUGAUGUUGAAGGAGGAGGUAUAUCAGAGAAGAAGGACACUGUGGAUAUCUGCGGUUUCAAAGUUUUUGCUUCUCAGGCUAACUCAGUGAGGAAGAUAUUCUCCGAGCACCCAGACUUGGCAGAAGAUUUCAAACUAAAGAACCAAGUGGUGAGGAUGGAAUACAUGAAUGUCCUUGUCAACCUCAUUGAAGCAGGGUUCAAGCUGGACUGGUUGCAGUCAAAGCUCGAUGAAGUUUCCUUGAAAAGGAAGAAAGCAGUUGUUGAUAUUCACCAACUCGAUGGGCGUGUUAAGAAUCUUGAGCAGAUGAAAUUGGAUUUCAAGCUGGACUGUUUGAAGACAAAGCUUGAGGAGGCUUCCUUGGAGAGGAAGAAAUCAUAUGAAGCUGAUGGUUCUCGGUUCCAAACACUAGAGGAGCGCGUCAAAAAACUUGAGCUGAUGGAAUUGGACUACAAGUUGGACUGUUUGAAGACAAAGCUUGAGAAUGUUUCCCUGGAGAAGAAGAACACAGAGGCUGAUGGGUCUCGCGUCCAACAACUAGAGGAAAGCGUGAAGAAUCUUAAGAUGAUGGUGUCACAUCUCAAUGUUGAACUGGACAAGAAGAAGGGGAAAACUUCUGAUGAUGGUUUUUUGUUGGUCGACGACGAGGUUGCUUAA